AAACGGGGAACACAUUAGCUAUUCAGGCUGAUGUGGUAUGUGGAACAUGUAUGAAUAAAUAAUUGAAAAAAUAAAAUUUAGUGGGUGGAAGUUGUGAUACACAAAUGUAGAUCAGGCUUUCUCUUAAAAUAAACAAUCCAUGUCUAGGUUCUUGGUUUCCUGACUGUAGGUCUGACGUCAAGUAGAGAGAGAGAACAGAGGGCAGUGCAACUCUAGCCAACUUUCUGAAGGAUCAAACCAGAGACAUGAGCCACCCCCUCAGUUCCCCCUAUCCUUUCUCACAGUUAACAGGAAAGACAGGGCCAGAGCUUGGAGAGAACGAGGAGGAAAGAAACUGAAAGAAGAUCAAAGGAAAGAGAACCAGCAUAUGAAGAUCAAAGUGCAUCUCAAACUGUGGCAGACCAGCAUUGCACAAAAUAGACUAGAUGUCCAACAAUCUUCCCACACAGGACAAAAUGGAAAAGCAAAAACUAAGGGCUAAAAUCAGUCCUCGGGUGUCCAAUAGCUCCACAGUGCGUCUUAGUAGGGACCUCACCUGCUCCAUCUGCCUAGACCUGUUCAAGUGCCCAGUUUCCUUGCCCUGCGAUCACACUUUCUGCGAGACCUGCAUUUCAAGUUACUGGACUGGCCCUCGCGGCAAAGGGCAGGGUGGAUCUGGUUCCUGUCCUCAAUGCCGGAAAGUGUUUCCUGGCCAGAACUAUCGACCCAACCGCAUCGUGGCCAACAUUGUGGAGAGCUAUUGCCAAGGUAUAGAGGAAAGUGAAGGUCGGUUGGCCGAUGGAGGAUUAACAGCUGACAAAGUGCCUUCUAAACCGCUCUGCACCCGGCACAGAGAAGAGUUGAAGCUGUAUUGUGAAGAAGACCAGGAACUGGUGUGUCUGGUGUGUGGGAUUUCUCAGGACCACAGGGCUCACACGCUGGUGUAUGUGCAAGAUGCACAACAGAGAUAUCGGGCUUCUCUUAGCACAUCUGCACAUGCCCUUCAAAUUGAACUCAACACUGCUUUGCAGUGUGAAAGAGAGACUGAAGAAGAGGUGAAAAAACUGAAGGACCAUACGGCAGAUCUAAAGCAAAGAAUCGAGGCACAGUUCAGCGAGCUCCAUCAGUUCCUGUACCAGGAGGAGAAACUCCUGCAGGUCAAGCUGAAAACGGAAGAACGGCGUGAGCUGAUAAGACUGGACGAGCACAAGGCCCUGCUCAGUGUGGAGAUCUCCCGCCUGCGAAGAGCUUUGAAUGACAUAGAGGACAAACUCACCGAACAGGACCCAUACACAUUGCUCAGGAGUAUAAAGAGCCUGCUGCAAAGCAGGCAGCCACCGAAGUUCGAGAAGCCGGCACUGACGCCGCCCAGUCUGUGUGAGGGCCGAUUUGCCGGGCCCCUACAGUACAGAGUGUGGAAGUCACUUAAAGGAAGCGUCUAUCCAGUUCCCUCAGCCAUAACGUUCAACUCCAAAACGGCCAACCCCUGGUUGAGUCUUACAUCCUCACUCACCUGUGUGCGCUACCAGACCUUCAACAGCGCAGUGCAGGACAACCCACAGCGCUUCAACGCCGCCCUGUCUCUGCUGGGCAGUCAGGGGUUCACUAAAGGCCGUCAUUACUGGGAAGUGGAGGUGUACAGCAGCACCGUUUGGACGGUGGGAGUCGCCCGUGAAUCGGUCACGAGGAAAGGUGUCAUCAAUACUAUGCCAGUCAACGGCUUCUGGACACUCUCGCUGUCGUAUGGAGUUCAGUACAUGGCGGGGACAUCUCCUCCGACAUUAAUGUCUUUGGAAGAGCCACUGGCGAGGAUCGGUGUGUAUCUAGACUACAAAAGAGGUCUGGUGUCAUUCUACAAUGCUGAAAGCAUGACACACCUCUAUACCUUUAAGGACACCUUCACUGAAACCCUCUACCCUUAUUUCAACCUGGGCUUUCUGGACAAAGUGCAUGAAAAUGAGCCUCUUAAAGUGUUCCUACCUAAAAUCUAAUUUCACUCAAUAAAGAAAAUGCUGUCAUUAUUUACUCACCCUCAUGUUGUUCCAAACCCAUAAGACUUUCUUCUGUAAAACGCAAAAGGCAGAAUGUUAGCCUCAGUCACCAUUCGUUUUCUUUCAAUGAAGAAAAGAUGCAAUCAAAGUAAACUAUGACUAGUAUGGAGCAACAUAUGUGUGCGUAAACAAUGACAGAAUUUUCAUGUUUUGGGGAACUAUCCAAUUAUAUUAAGGUUUAAUAUUCAUUUUUAAUAAUAAUUAUAUAGACUAGGCUGGACCUGGGCAUCAUAUUUUAAUUUACACCUUCAGGUAUUUGUUUAACAGUGCAAUAUCAUAUGUUGCUAUACCAGUGUUACAGUGGGUUAGUGAAGGCACAUGGAACAUGAAACCAAAACUACAAAAAUGGUUAGAAACCAUGGCAACCUUAAGACACUUUUCCACUUAAAUCUACUGUAAGCUAAUCUUUUUACUAUCACAAAUAAAAUAUUACUGAAAUAGA